AUGAAGCUUUUAAGCCUCCUUUCACUGAUCUCACUGGGAGCAGCAAGUCCCAUUGAAUCGUCACCUUCCUCCCCGUCCGUUGGAGUGAGAAUUGAAAACGUCGGAAACACUACCGUCAAAGCAACCGUGACCAGUCAUCACGAUAGGGAUCUCAAUAUCUUGAAGCUUGGUAGCAUUAUGGAUGAUGUAGGCUUGGAGAGGGUCAAUGUAUUCUCGGGAGACAGCAAAGUUGAAUUUCAAGGUAUCCGUCUACUCAUCGACGUGGAUAGUCUUGAGGAGACAGCCUUCGUUAAGCUACCUGCUGGAGGCAGCCUGGACAAGACCUUCGACGUGGCCAAAUUCUAUGACCUCUCAGCUGGUGGCGACUUCAAGAUCCAGGCGUCUGGCUAUCUCCAAUACGCCGACCUGGGAUCAACAUAA